AUGUUUUCUCAAUACUGUUUUGGUUUGCCGCCGAGCUCUUUGCAGUCGAAGAAACUCCCCCAAAAAACCAAAGAAACCCUUUGUGAAACAUUCGCAGCCUGCAAAUCCCAUAUCUCACUGCUUAUGGAAGAGGUCUGGCACAUCGUCACAACUACAGGGACCCCAUCCGUCUUUCCUAAAAAUGCUUUGCGGAACGUACUGCGGGAGCAGAUAUGUACAUCGUGGAAAGUGAUAAGCACUCAAAUCACACUCAACGAAAUUUUCGAUACCCAUUUAAUACUCAUGUUUCAUACGAAAAUACGGGGAAGUCCCAAAAGUCCCGAAAACGACGUACAACCCAACACCCCGAAAGCAAAUCACGUAUGGGUACCUAUUUUCCCCUUUUGCAAUAUGGGUCUGCGAGUCUGCUGCGCGGUGUCUGCGACUCGCAGCAAAUACGCCGUCACUAUUGGCCCGGCAUGGCGCAAUGACCAGAUUUACUCGUUGGGGACAGCGGGGAUGCUCUUGUAUUUUCGUCCAAAAUAUAGAGUACUCCCCAAAGUCGUGAGUAUGCGGGACACAGCAAAUGCUAUAUAA